AGUCAAACCACAGUAAAAUUUAUUCGAAAAACAGGAAGAUUAAUUUGGCAGGAAGUCAAUAUCGUCAUAUCUUCAAAUAGGCUCUUCGCAGAAGUUAUAAAGCCAUUCGUCGAAGCAAUGUGGUUGUGUUAUCUUAACACCGAUGAAUUAAUUCGUCGCAAUGAUGCAAUUCAUGAGAAAACCUGCUGAGUAUCAUAAGUCGAAGUAUACAUUCAUGGAAUCCAAGCCUAGAGCAGAAUCAGUCUCUGGUCCGACCAGCCCACGACGAAAGCUAUCUUCGCCGAGCAAAGAUGAGUCAUGGAGAAGUGACAUGUUGAAAGCAUUGCAGAACAGCGCUAAUCCGGAACCAAUUCGAAUUGCGUGCAUGAAAAGCAAUGUUAAUGGACCUGCUCAUUUUGGGGAGCUGUUUCAUGGUACUCUAACAAGAGAUGAAGUCACAGAGUUGCUAUCUGGGGGAAAUGGGCGAUAUCUUGUUCGAGAGAGCAAUAGUUCACCAGGAGAUCACAUACUGUCCUUCAGUACUGGUGGCAAUAUACUUCAUUAUAAGCUGUUCUAUGAUGCAGAAACAGCUAAAUAUCACACUGAGUCUGACGAGAAGACCUACAAUUCACUGACCGAACUGAUGGUCGAUAUCUUGAACAUGCUACGUGUCAUCCAUCAGUAUGGAAGUCAGAUAAACGGAUGUGGAAUCAGCGGAAAUGGAGUGGAAAAAACAACAAAAACAAAGCGUCCAUCGUUCACAAAGCCACAUAGUUUUCGUAUUCAUCAGUAUAUGCAUCCCAAAUGGUGUGAUAUCUGUCACGCAUUCAUGUGGGGUCUAAUGCAUCAGGGAAUGAAAUGUCAGGACUGUGGCUUAAAUGUUCACAAACAUUGCGUCAAAGAUGUUGAAACCAACUGCGGAACCUGUACAGUUGAAACCAGAAAUAGAUCAGAGUCAAAGACCAAACGUCGAGGCAGACUAUCUGUUGAUCAAGGCAAAUCUGACGAACUGUAUGCUCUACUUGCAAAACACAUUACAUGUGGCUAUCAACUGGAAUGUCUAAAAUAUUUGUCAAGUCUUAAGCAACCAGUGGCAAACUUUGACUUAGCUACCUUAAUGAACCCAUGUUACUGUGAUAACUGUUGCCACUUGAAGGAUUUGGACACUCCUCUAUGUAAAACUGGGUCGCCACCCCAGGCAUACUCGUUACCUCUGGGUUGGUGUCGAUUUUGUUUGAACACACCAAAGGGGAUGGCUGAGCCGGCGUCGUGGAAUGUUGCAUAUUAUUCAUUGUCUAAAGAAAUGCUGCCGAGUAUUCUCGAGAAAGGUUUGGGCAAUAAAGCAGAUUUUUUGGGCUCUGAUGGAAAGAUCUUUGUGAAGCUCACACCAUCAAUCAUUUGUGCAGACCUUGACUCUCCUGUUGUAGAAUAUCAGGACUCUGACUCAAAUGAACUCAAGGUAGCAAAGAUUGCUUUACAAGUAUAUGUUAAACCUGGGUCAUUUCAGACCAUGGGUAGAGCUGGGAUCUCAACGGAGGAAAUUGAUCCCUAUUUCAAAAGCACGGACAUAUACUGGGUUAUACGAGAUAAUAAUAGUAUAAUACCCUUCGGAAUUUUGAUUAAGAGGAUGAGAAUGACUUAUAGAAAGUCAUAAUGCUGACAAGUAGUAGCCUUACUACAUUUAACAACGAUAAACAAUCUGAACUAUAAAUUAACUAUAAACAACCAUAGACUGAUUAAUGGUAGUGAAUCAGAUGAAAUAAUUAUGUAUAUGUAUUUGUAUUGGUCUUGGUUGAUAUUGUAAGGAUGAUGAAUUAAUGUUGACUAAAUAAAUAACAUGAUU